AUGGCUGUUCGUGCAUUGGCUGACUUAGAUGUUCAAGAUGUGGACUGUACAGUCCAUGUUCGUGUUCUGCGGAAGUGGAAUAUCAAGCAAAGGGGGAGUGAUGAGAUUGGUUUUGUGAACAUGAUUGUUACUGAUGCUCAAAGCUCUAAAAUGGAAGUGGUCAUCCAUAAAAUUCUAAUUCCAAAAUUUGCACCAUCUAUUCGGGAAGGAACCAUCUACAAGCUGGGUCAGUUCUUGGUGCAAAGGAACACUACUGCAUUUCGAGUCACUGCACCGAAGUUUCGUAUCGUACUCCUCCCUGACUCGGUCAUUCUUUGGGACUCACUGGUCGACCAGCUUGACAAUGUUCUCACUAUUGAAUCUGAAACUGGAGCAGUGGUCAUAUUCACUUCUGUUUAUGUUCAUAAAUACCAUGGUGAGUACUACUUUUCCACCUCCUGUGCUUCCAAGUUGUAUUGGAAUCUUCACUAUCCAAGAGCUCAUUCUAUGCUUGAUUUCAGCAGCAGAGGUAUUCCUCGCAAAGAUGGAGAAAUUUGCCAGAGUUUUAUUGUCCCAACUUCUGUCGGGUUACUGGAAGCUUUGAACGUUGAUUGUCCAAUUAAGGGCCUGACCUACAACAUAGCAGCAGAGGUUACUGAAGUGAAUGCUUUUUGGUCUGACCGCCAGAAUGCCUUUAUCACCCAACUGCUGGUGAAAGACGACAAUGAUUGCUGUGCUUUUCUCUUCAAAAGCAAUGCAUUUAGGUCGAUCUCAGAUUCUAUUUUUGGGACAGAACUUCAGUUUGAGAGGUCAAGCUUCGAGGUCAACUUGAAGUUACUGAAAGGGAAGACAUUCCAGUUCCUGAUGAAACCUGUUCCACACUUUUAUAGAGGCUGGAGCAGUUCACUUUGUGGUUCUGAAAAUCAUGAGUGGCUAAAAGAGUAG